AUGAGAAUUCGCUUCCGCCCCAAGUGGGCAUCUGGCAGUAGAAAGGAUUAUAUGCUUGGUCGCCUUAUCCCCCUGCUGAAGGUUAUUCUACUCUUACUCUUCUAUGUGAUCCUCCAGGUGGGUGAAAAUGAGGAUGAGCAACUGUCCGAGGGAGGAACCGGUGAGAAGACACAUCGAAUGAGGACCCAGCGCAUGAGAAACUUGGGCGAAGUGUCUAGGAAAGGAAUAAGAGGCUGCAUGGAGGAGGGCACCAUACAGUGGAAAGAAAAUGAAUACGGGUUGUCGCAAAAGUUGAAAGAAACAAAUGGGGAGUCUGACGACGAAUCGAACGAUGAAUCGAACAAUGAAUCGAAUGACGAAUCGAAUGGCGAAUCGAACGAUGAAUCGAAUGGCGAAUCGAACGAUGAAUCGAAUGAUGCAGUGAAUGACCCAGUGGAUGACGCAGUGAAUGACGCGGUGAACGGCGCAGUGAUACCGAUGAGCAAAUUGAGUCCAGGAUAUUUAAAAAAAUUGGUGGGAGAAGUGUAUUACGAAAAAAUUCAUAAGUUGCCAGAAAAUAUAAAAGAUCAUCAUCUGCUUUCCAUAUGGAAUGAUAUUUAUGGCAUGGAGAAAAAUGAGUUUUCUACAGUGGAGGAGGACCUCUGGCGUGUCUAUUGCCAGUUGGUUAGAGAGAGGAAAAUUUCAAAAAGAAACAAAAUAAAGGAAUGGCUGAGGGUUUAUAAAAACCUAUCUCAUGAUUUGAUGAAAAAGGAACUGAAGGAUUUUGAGGACUUACUAAUUUUUAUGGAAAAUGACUCCUUUACGAAGCUGGACUUUACUCUGUUCAUAUAUUACAAGUCCAUUUCGUGGCGGACGUUCAAGAAGGCUCUCUUUAAAAAGUGGAGAAACUUUUUGGUUCACAACCUUGAUGGGUACAGAAGGGAGAGAAUAACUGUUGGACCUGUCCCAGAAUCGCCGGUUUAUUUAUAUGCACGGUUGGUUCUGCGCGUCCCCGGUUUAGCUUUGCAAGCGAGAGGUUGUUUAUCCUGUCCGACCAUCCCCCAUGUACAUUGCCCAAUGGUAAAUCUGAUGUGGAAAAAAUGUUCCAAGUCCUCUGAGGAAGAAAGGAGGAUGAAGGGACCGCUAAAUUUGUGCAUUUCUGGCGGAAUUGGAAAUGGUUGUGGAGGUAGAGUUUCUGUUUCCGCACCUGUGGGUUUUUUCUUCUUGUGCGUCUUUUGCCUGGUCUGCCAAUGCCUUCUAACAGAAGAUUAUCCAAGCAAUAACCCCCAGUGGAGUUCCCCCCAAUUUAAAUCCACCCCAUGUUGCUCAAGAAACCUCUCCGAAGUGAUUUUGCGCCAGUUAGAAAAGUACAUUGAUUUAAGUGACACAAAACUGCUGGAGAGGAAGAUCAACUUGAGGGGUCCCCCCAUAAACGACACGCCGAAGAAGGAAGAGAAAAUAGAAUUGCUGAGAAAGGAGCAUGAAAAAAGUACCAAUGAGGAUAGCGAUAUACAGGACAUUGAGAGCACCGACGCAGAGGUAAAGGCAAAGGAGGAAGGAAAGAACAAAAUAAAUGACGAACUGAAAUAUGAAAACCAAACAGGAAAGGAGCUAACGGAAGAGGAAUUUGAAGAAAUGGUGGGAAUUUUACGUGGCUACAUCGACAUAAAAGAUAUGUAUGCCCUUUGGGACUAUGUGCACAGGAAUGGGAAAAAAAAAUACGUGAGUUUGAAAGAGGAGCUUUUGAAGGAUUGUGAAAAUUUGUCCAUAAGGUACAACAUCCCAGAGGACUUUGCAACGAAGGAAUGGAGAAAAGCUUACCUCCACUUGAAGGAAGAGUUUCGAAAAAAGCAAAGAGACGAUUACGUAGACUUAAAAGUUUUUAUUGAUGGACUUAACCUUCGUUGGGAAUUUAUUGCUUUUAUUAUUCAAAAAGAUGAGUCCUGGGAUUUUUUUGCCGACGCGAUGAAGGACAAGUGGGAAAAGUCCCUCUCCAAGAGCUUCGAAAAAUAUGUGGAAGAUGCCCAGGAGAAGGAAAUCGAGAAGCACCCAAAGACUGGCGCCACGGUUUCUUGCAAUAACAACAACAAUGAACAAAACAUAAUAAUAUCUCCUAACUCCCCCUCACAAAUAGAAGACCGCAGUAGCAACACGGAAAAAAUGAACGCGCGGUUUAGGUUACCAGUUCUGGGGCUCCUGAACAUGUUGUUGGUGUCCUCCUUCUUCUUGGUACAGCAGGAAAAUGGCCUAAAUGAACAAGCGCUAAGUAGUACGAAAGCAUGCACAGAAUGGCGUCAAAGAAAACUAGCGGCAUGCACUCUUGGACCAAUAGACGAUGAAAUCGAUGAGGAAGACGAGAUUGCUAGCACGAGCAGUGGCAGUAAUAAGCAUAGACACGGCAAUGGAAGUAAUAUGAAUGAGCAUUAUACCAUGAAUAAUGGAAAAGCAGAGAAUACAAAAAAUACGAAUGCAAUCAAUUAUGUCCAUAACGAUGUAGAAGACACAUAUGAACUACCUGACUAUGAUACGAUAAAGGAGAAUGAAAGGGAAAAAAAGGAGAACCCUGAUAAAAGCUUGUACGAAAACAAUGAAAACGAAUUUUUAAAAAAUAUAUCUGAGAAGGAAGUUAACGAAAGAAUUGAAAAGUUAGGAGAGUACGUAGAUGUGAAGGAAAUGUUUAUCAUUUGGAACUACGUCAAUGGGUUCGAAAGAAUGAAAUACAUUAACAUGGAAAAAAAUAUUAUUGCAUACUGUGAGAACCUUGCAUAUACCAAUAAUGUUUCUAGAAAUGUAAAGUCUAAACAGUGGAUUCAGUUUUACUACUACAUGAAGGAUGAGCUGUUUUAUCAGGAAAGGAAAUUUCACCAGGAGCUAUACAACUUCCUCGAGCAGGGGCCAAGUUCGAAGAGGCUCUUUGUGGAAUUCAUUAAUGAGACGAAACUUUCCUGGAGAAACUUCCGAAGGGGUGUGAACAAAGUCUGCAUGGACAUGUUGAAAUCGACCAUGAAAGGGGGUUCAUCGGCAGCAUCGCCCAACUGGGAGUUGCCUGAUCAGGGCGUAUCUAUACAUUGGAGUUACAUGGACAAGGGGUAUCUAACAAAACUGAGCGGUUCAAUGGUAAUGCGAAGUGGUAUUAAUGAGCCGUUCUUCGGAGGGAAUUUCCCAAAAGUCAGCAUUAGCGAGGUGGAUAAUUCGAUUGAAAUGACUAAUGAGCGAGGGAACCGUACAAAUAGAGAAGGAAUUAGCAGACGCGAUUCCUCUUUCUGUCGCAUUUUGAAUAUCGUGUUCAUCGGAUUGCUCUUCUUGGCGGUAGAGACUACCGUUUCUACGAAGCACGGAGAGACCCAUGGUGAAGAAACAGAAUGGACAAACGGAAAGGGAAGACGAUUAGCUUGCGAAAAUUCGUCUAAUGGAACUGGAGUUGGAGGACCCAUCAUGAUGGAAGAAAAUGGAAACAUCUUCGACACUGCACUAAGGGCACAUAACAAUCUGCACGAUAAUUCAAGUCAGGACAUAUAUGCAUUGUCUCAGCUACUGAGUAAGUAUAACAAGUGCUUUAUUAGAAACACGAAGAAAGAAGGAAAAAGUGCUGACUUUACCAACGAAGGUUGUUGUAGUUCUGAUACUCCAUCCAUCUGUUGGGAGGAAGGCAUGACGAUAGCAUCAUCAGAAGGAAGUUUAAAAGAGGCGAACAAGGAAAUGGAACCAAGAAGAAAUAGAUUCGUCCAGAAGGGAUACUUUGAAUACAUGAAUCAUACACAUGAAUUAUCGGAAACAGAAUUCAUACAGAAAAUUUCUAACCUAGGUGAUUAUGUAGAUCCUGAAGAAAUGAGUUCCAUUUUUUAUUAUGUACAUACAAAUGAAAGGAAAAAAUAUUUCUUAAUGCAAGAAAAUGUGAUUACCCAUUGGGAGAAUCUCUGUUACAAUUAUAAGGUAAAGGAGGAAUUUAAAGAAGAACAAAUGAGGAAUUUAUAUGAGCAGACCACGAACUUUUUUCUCUUUAAGGAGAAGCAUUUUCUGAAAAGCUUUAGUACGUUUGUUCGUUUGGGAAGGUACAGCACGAAGAAGUUCACUGAUGGGAUAAUUAGUUACAAGCGUCUGUGGAAGGAAUACAGAAGAAUGGUGAACAAUUUUUGUAGUGCAAAACUGGAUGAAGUGUUGAAGGCAUACUGGGAGGAAAACAAGGACAACGGCUACCAGAUGCGUAUCCAAAUACUGGGUGUCGCGGAAAUAGGAUGGCCUGCCAUCAUGGGAAACCAUAAAUUUUUGAAGAAUGCGAACAUAGUUUGCUUCGCGUUGCUGCACAUUUUAGUUAAAGAUGAUCAGUCGGGUAGAGGAAGAGGUGUGCAGCCCAGAGGCCUCUCCGAGUUUAUAUCUUCAAUAUUUCCGUCCUCCAAUGGAAGCACAUUUUAUGAUGAUGAUGACGAUGAUCUGCGCCAGGAAGAUGGUUUUAGGUCGGGUGAGGAAUCGGAUAGGUUUGUUGCAAAAUGUGGGGUAAGUGGCAGCUGCGGUUCUGUAGAGAGCGAAUCCUCUAUGAGAUGUAGCUGUCUGCGAGCGGGGGCCUCCGUCGAUAGGGUUUCCACAGACGACAGUUCCGAUGGUGGUAGGUCCUGCACGAGGAGCGUCAAAUGCGAAGGCGGUUUCUGCGAAGGGGCUAGAGAUAUUGCGGGGGAUAUAAGAGAUGAUCUUGCGGGUAAUAUUGGAGACCGUUCUUUGGACAAUCCGUUAGAUGAUCAAUUAGAUGAUUCACUGGAUGAUUCGCUGGAUGAUUCACUCGAUUAUCCAGAAGAUGAUGCAGAAGAUGAAGCAGAAGAUGAUCCAGAAGAUGAUCCGUGGGACGAUGGUGAGAAUGACCUAACUGAAGACAUUGUGGAAGACGAAGUGGAGGGAACUCUAAGUGACGACGUUGAAGAAGAGCUGAGAGAUCGUUCAGACAGAAGGUUAGAGGAUUCUGUGGAAGAGGAGCUGAGAGAUCGUUCAGACAGAAGGUUAGAAGAUUCUGUGGAAGAAGAAAUGAGAGAUCGUUCAGACAGAAGGUUAGAAGAUUCUGUGGAAGAGGAGCUGAGAGAUCGUUCAGACAGAAGGUUAGAAGAUUCUGUGGAAGAGGAGCUGAGAGAUCGUUCAGACAGAAGGUUAGAGGAUUCUGUGGAAGAAGAGCUGAGAGAUCGUUCCGACAGAAGGUUAGAAGAUUCUGUGGAAGAAGAGCUGAGAGAUCGUUCCGAUAGAAGGUUAGAAGAUUCUGUGGAAGAAGAAAUGAGAGAUCGUUCCGAUAGAAGGUUAGAAGAUUCUGUGGAAGAAGAAAUGAGAGAUCGUUCCGACAGAAGGUUAGAAGAUUCUGUGGAAGAAGAAAUGAGAGAUCGUUCAGACAGAAGGUUAGAAGAUUCUGUGGAAGAGGAGCUGAGAGAUCGUUCAGACAGAAGGUUAGAAGAUUCUGUGGAAGAAGAGCUGAGAGAUCGUUCCGACAGAAGGUUAGAAGAUUCUGUGGAAGAAGAAAUGAGAGAUCGUUCCGACAGAAGGUUAGAAGAUUCUGUGGAAGAAGAAAUGAGAGAUCGUUCAGACAGAAGGUUAGAGGAUUCUGUGGAAGAAGAGCUGAAAGAUCGUUCAUACAGAAGGUGGUUCGAGGAUUUAAUGGAAGAUUCGCUGAAAGAUAGUUCAGACAGAAGGUUAGAAGAUUCAGUGCAAGGGGAGCUGAAAAAUCGUUCAUACAGAAGGUGGUUCGAGGAUUUUAUGGAAGAUGCACUGAAAGAUGGUUCAAGCAGAAGGUUAGAAAAUUCUGUGGAAGAAGAGCGUAAAGAUCGUUCAGACAGAAGGUUAGAAGAUUCAGUGGAAGAAGAGCUGAAAGAUCGUUCAUACAGGAGGUGGUUCGAGGAUUUAAUGGAAGAUUCGCUGAAAGAUAGUUCAGACAGAAGGUUAGAAGAUUCAGUGCAAGGGGAGCUGAAAAAUCGUUCAUACAGAAGGUGGUUCGAGGAUUUUAUGGAAGAUGCGCUGAAAGAUAGUUCAGGCAGAAGGUUAGAAAAUUCUGUGGAAGAAGAGCGUAAAGAUCGUUCAGACAGAAGGUUAGAGGAUUCUGUGGAAGAAGAGCUGGACGAUAAAUUGGAUAAUGAUAUGGAAGAGAUUGUAGAUGACUCCUUAAAUGAUAGAAUAGAAGAUGCAGUGGAGGACAGAUUAGGCAGCACUGCAGAGGGUGUUUUGGGGGACCGUGUGGAAGAUCCAUCGAACGAAUCAUUAGUCGAUUCAAAAUUUUCGGAUUCGAAUGAUUUGGAUGGAAGUAUGAGUCGUUCAUCUGACCGUGCCAAUAAGAAGAAUACUAAGACUAAAGGAAAAAGGAGUUCUAGGGGAAAGUGUUUCUACCCUUUUAAUAAUACCUGCUCUUGUGAUUUUAGGAACUCAGAUUCACCUCAAGCAUUAUCUGAAGAACAGGUAGAGGUGAAGAUCCACAAAUUGGGUUCUAUUGUAGAUGUAAGGGAUAUGUACAUCAUAUGGAAUUAUGUAAAUGAUAAUGAGAAGAGAAAGUUGGAUGACAUGAGGACCAAAUUGCUGACUUACUGUGAUUGCCUAGCUGAUGCGUGUGAAAUCCCUCAUGAAAUUAAGAAACAAGAAUGGCUAAGAGUCCAUCGAUUUAUGGAUAGAGUUUUUAUACGAUACGAAAAGAGAUUCACGAAACCUAUCCACUCAUUUUUGGAGAAUGGAAGGACCGACCGAUGGAAGUUUAUCGACUUUUUAAAUAACUACAGAGCCAAGUCCCGAAGGUUUAGGAAUGUCAUGUAUAACUACUGGAAGAAAAACAUCCUCACAAGGAUCGAAACAUACCAACGCCUUUUGGACUCCAUUAUGGAAACAUGCCACGGAAUGAUUUUUUCAAGCGCCAAAAAUUUCCGGGGGAGGAAUGAGAAGAAUGGAAAGACCCGUUUUGUCUCUUCUCCCGGAAGGGAGAAAAAGGCCCUCAGAGGUGGUUUUACACGUUUCUGGAUGAUUAGUGCUUUCGUUUUGCUUCUUCUGUUGUGUGUGCUCCAGAAAAAACCGAUGAAGGGAGAAGACCGAAGAGGUGUAAGAACAUUGGGCAGGAUUCUUGGUGGGUUCUACACAAUGCAGCCAAUGGUGCGCUCCAACGUAAGGAAUCAAGAAAUGGAGAACGAACGAGGGUGGGAUCAGUGUAGCUACAUAUCUAACGAAUGGGACCAGAUGGAUCACCGUUUUGAGCAAAUGUGGAUGAGGGAAGAGUGGCUACGCAGAGGGAAAUACAGACCUAGGAGUUCGUAUGAUACAUGCCCUUAUGGUUGCACGGAUGCUGAUUUGGUGGAGGAGCUAUCCGAAGUGGAUAUUAACGAAAGGCUUGAUAAGAUAGGCACUCAUGUAGACGUGAAGGAGAUGUUUAUUCUGUGGAGUAAUGUGCAUAGGCAUGAAAGGAAGAAGUACAUACAGAUGCAGAAAAAAGCAAAGGUAUUCUGCGAUAAUUUAGUUAAAACUUUUCAUAUUCCAGAGGAGGUUAGGAUUAGAGUUUGGAUGAAGGCGCAUAGAUGUAUGACUUCUUUUUUUCUUCACUUUGAAAAAAGGCACCACAAACAUUUUCUCAUGUUUUUGAGGCGGGGCCCAUCUUCUAGGAAUAGAUUCCUUAGGUAUAUAAAUCGAACCCGAAAUGUGUGGAACAUACGCAGGACGAAAAUAAACAUCUACUGGCGCAGUAAGAUGGUUGGGGCUUUUAGGGAGUACUGGAGCAUGUACUAUAGUGAGUCAUACCCCGUGGGGGGCGCGCCUCGCAGGGAUGUCAGGGUGUAUGGAACUGUGGGUUCUGAGGAGAAUGGUAAUAGGGCUAUCAGAGAACAAGGCAGCAGGAAUGCAGACCGGUCCGACAACAGGAAUGUCGGAUUGAACGAUAGAAGGGGCAGCAGAAUGUAUGGUAGUGCAGAUAGCACUUUAUACGGAAGUACGGAUAGCACUUUAUAUGGAAGUACAGAUAGUAGUUUGUACAGAAGUAGGGAUAGCAGUUUGUACGGAAGUACGGAUAGUAGUUUGUACGGAAGUAGGGAUAGCGUCCUGUACAGAAGUAGGGAUAGAGGGGUGGGCGAGAGAAGAAAUGAAGGUUUAGGCGAAAGUAGGUAUGGCGAAUUGUUUGGCAGUAUGGAUCAGGGCCUUAAUGUGAGUAGAAGUGAUAGCUUGUUUGGUAGUAUGGAUCAGGGUCUUAAUGUGAAUAGAAGUGAUAGCUUGUUUGGUAGUAUAGAUCAGGGCCUUAAUGUGAAUAGAAGUGAUAGCUUGUUUGGCAGUAUGGAUCAGGGCCUUAAUGUGAAUAGAAGUGAUAGCUUGUUUGGCAGUAUGGAUCAGGGUCUUAAUGUGAAUAGAAGUGAUAGCUUGUUUGGUAGUAUAGAUCAGGGCCUUAAUGUGAGUAGAAGGGAUAGCUUGUUUGGGAAUAUCGAUCAGGGCCUUAAUGUGAGUAGAAGCGAGGAUAUGUAUGACAGUAUUGAUCAAGGCCUUAAUGUGAGUAGAAGUGAGGGCUUGCUUGGCAGUUUGAAUGAGGGCCUUGAUCUUAGGAAAAGACUCAAAAUGGGGGAGAUGUACAAGAGACAGUUUUUCAGUACACCAGGGAUGGCGCAAUCGGGGAGAGAAAAAGAAGGAGCAAUUUGUUGUGCAACUGAUACAGAGGGAGCAGCAAGGGAGAGUAGAAAUAUCCUGAGGACAUUAUUUUUGAGACCUCUCAAAGUUGUGCUCUUUGUUCUGUUAUUUUAUUAUGUACAGAGUUAUUUUCCGGGGGAGUCAAGCGUGAGGGGGGGAUCUUGUUCCAGUCCUCAGAACUUCACUGAAUGGGGACCCUUUACGGGGAGAUCCCCCCACCAGAAGAAACUGUCGAAGAUUUUAUUCAGAAUCAAAAAAACCAUAAUGAAGAAGAAAAAAAUGGAUCCUGAAAAUGAGUUCAUCGAUGAGGAAAACAAAAUUAUGAAGAAGAAUAUGAAAAAAAGAAACAGAAAAGCAAAAAAAAAAAUAGGAGAUUUAUUUUAUGUAAAAAAUAAACAAAUUAAUAAGGCGGACAUUGUUAUUGUGAAAACUGAAGUGGGAGAAAUAAAACCAAAGGUGGAAAAACAGACAGUAGUCAUAGAAGAUAUAGACACAUGGGGGGACCUAGAAGAAGGGGAGUUGUUUGUAAAAAUAAAAAGUCUGAAUGGUCUUAUCAAUUCUAACCAAAUGUUCAGCAUAUGGAAGAGUGUACACACCUUGAUGGAGAAAAAAUAUUUUUACAGAGAAGAGAAAAUAUGGAAUUCCUGCGAAAAAAUUGCCGAGACUUACCAGGUCCCGAAAGAGUCUAAGAUGAAUAUAUGGUACAAGGUGUAUUACAACAUGAAGGAAGAAAUAAUAGAAACUGAAAAAAAUCAAUUUAACAAAAUUUACCCUUUUAUUGAUAAGGGGCUGUGUGAACAUGAAGAUUUUAUUAAAUUUUUAUUUGAUGAAUUGGAUCUGUGGAAGAAAAAAAGAAAGAGUAUCGAGAGAAAGUGGAUGCAUUUGCUAUUCUUAAAUUUGAAGUUUUCUAGGAGAAGAAACAUGAUUCUCCUCGGCAGCUUAUGA